AUGCCACCGACGCAGAUCUAUGGAACGGUGACAUACUUGGGUAACCAUAAUCAAACCCAAGUGCACGACUACUCUCCGUCAACCUCAUGGAACGCCAACCUCACAUCUCACCCAACGGCUUUCUUGCGGCGUACAAUAACCUCAGAAACGCAGGCAUCUCACUCUUAA